GACUGGAGCAUGUGGGUGUGUGUAUUGAAAGAGAAAGAGAGCGAGAGAGAGAGACUUGCAGGCGACUUGUUUGCUGAGGAUAUUAGAUUUCUCUAUUCAUCGUCGUUACUUCUUUCUCCUCUCUUCCAGCUCUCAGAGGACGUCUGAUGUGCUGUCAAUCCCCGUUGUAGCCUCUCACUCUCGUUUUGUCUGGCCGUGGACACCGACUGGACAGCCGUGAUAUGUUCGAAACGGGGCCGGUACAUUACCACACCUUUAUUGUGCGUUGAAGCCACUGUCUGAAUAGCGAAGGGACUACCCGCGAACCGAAUAAUUCCUGAAUGGUUCAGUUGGGACUGUUUUUUCGUUCGUAUUUUUAUGUUCGGCAUUUUGCUCCAGAAUAAGUCUGUUUUAAAAGAUCAAGACAAGUGAAUGGCUAUACCAAUAUCAGUGGUACUGUAAACCAAGUCAUAGCCCAGAGGAGACCCUAACAUCAUUCGAUUGUGGCAUUCUUGGAUCUUACUUUUUGUGAGUAGAUUGUGGGAUAAUAUAUAUAUUUUUUUCCCACGGAUCUUUGGAUUAGCAGAACUGUUGAAUUGAUACCGGCUAAUACACGUAAUACUCACCAAGAAGAAAGAUGGGGAAGAGUGUCUAGUAUCGCCAGGAGAGGAAUGCCCCAGACUGUGUGCCCAGCAGCAGGCACCAUGUUCACCCCCAGUGGCUUCAGCCCCCACCUGGCCUCCACCUGCUCUGAGGCUGACCCGGUGAUCGAGGAUGAAGGGGGCCCUCAGGAGGCCCGGGGUCCUGGGGCUUGCCUGGCCGAAGGACCCCCCAUCACCUCGGCCUCCCUGGACACCCUCAUCCAGCACCUUGUGCCCACCACAGACUACUACCCAGAGAAAGCCUAUGUGUUUACGUUCCUGCUGAGUGCUCGUCUGUUCAUCUCUCCUCCUGAGCUACUGGCCAGACUCUGUGAGACCUGCAUUAAACAACAGCAGCUGGACCAGAGUCCACUGGACAUGGCUAAAGUGAGGAAGUUUGGUCCCAAGAUCCUGCAGCUGCUAACAGAGUGGACAGAGACGUUCCCCACAGACUUCAGAGAGGAGAAGAUGGUGGGCCUGUUCAAAGACAUUAUCCACAGGAUAGCACCCUGUGAUGAGGUGUACUGGAAGACACUGAGCCAGGUCCUGCAGACUCUGAACCAGAAGCUUGCAGCCAUCGCCCAGGGAGAGGAGUGCAUCGUCAAAGUGAAUGCCUCCUCGGUAUCCUCAAUCUCUGACAAGCUGGUGGCCUUCAAGACCAAGUCUCCACCCAUCCAGAAGGAAAUGCUGUCUAUCUGCAACGACCCUUACACACUUGCACAGCAACUCACCUAUAUAGAACUGGAACACCUGAGUCACAUCGGCCCUGAAGAGUUUGUACAAGCCUUUGUUCAGAAAGACAAACUGGAUAGCACUCAGCCGUGUUUCAGUGAGCAGAAGAAGAAGACCACUAACUUGGAGGCUUAUGUCAGGUGGUUCAACAGGCUGUGCUACCUGGUGGCCACUGAGAUCUGCAUGCCUGCUAAGAAGAAGCAGAGGGCCCAGGUGAUUGAGUUCUUCAUCGAUGUGGCCAGAGAGUGCUUCAACAUCGGCAACUUCAACUCCCUCAUGGCCAUCAUCUCUGGUAUGAAUAUGAGUCCUGUGUCUCGACUGAAGAAGACCUGGGGGAAAGCCAAGACUGCCAAGUUCUUCAUUCUGGAGCAUCAGAUGGACCCUACUGGAAACUUCUACAACUACAGAACAGCACUGAGGGGAGCUGCCCACAGGUCCCAGACUGCUAAUAGCAACAGGGAGAAGAUUGUGAUUCCCUUCUUCAGCCUACUGAUCAAAGAUAUCUACUUCCUGAAUGAGGGAUGUGCCAACCGCUUGCCCAAUGGCCAUGUUCAUUUUGCGAAAUUUGUGGAGUUGGCUCGUCAGGUGGGCGAGUUUAUGACGUGGAAACAGAUGGAGUGUCCAUUUGAGACAGAUAGGAGCAUCCUACACUACCUCCACACUGCUCCCAUCUUCAGUGAGGAUGGACUCUAUCUGGCAUCCUAUGAGAGUGAGAGUCCAGAGAACCAGGUGGAGAAGGACAGAUGGAAAGCACUCAGAUCUAAUAUUCUGGGGAAGACAAAAGAGUUAAAAGAGCUAAGAGAGCACCAUGGCAGCUAACCCUCAGGCCAGCCCAGCGAGGGAGGGAGUCGGUGUACUGCACUACAACAAACUGUGAAGGAGCCUAGCUGGUACUUAGGUGUUUUUCUACACAUGAAGAAUAGAAAUGAGGAAACAAUCAUGAUGAACAGGAUUCAUCAUUAACAUGACCAGUAAAAACAAGAAAAGAAGAACAAACGUCAACAAGCGGUGAAAAGUGAAGCUAUCAUGGACACUGACUGGAGUAUAAUAAGGCCAUGGUUUGACUAUUGUACAUU